UUCUCUCUCUCUCUCUUUCUCUCUCACAUAUUUAAGGCCAAUAUUGAUGAUCCAUUGAGUAAGCAAAGGCAGCCUCUUAUCACCCACCAGACCAAAGCAACUCUCUCAAUCACUUUAACUCGUGUCUAACUCACGAGACUCAGAGCCAAAAAGCGCACACACAUACAAAAAAAACUCACAAGACUCACAAGAAAGCAUAGCUUAAUCCCACACCGAAAAAAAGAAAGCCAGUGAAUGGAGACUCCAACAGGCACACCCAAGAAGAAAAGCGUAGAACAUGGACAGGUUCUGGACGGUUCAGAUAUAAUGGAGUUGGUUGAGAACGAGCAGGUGUUUAGCAAUUUCGUGGACCAUAAGUUCCAGGAGUUGGAUAAAGAUAGAGAUGGUAAGCUUUCUGUGAAGGAGCUCCAGCCUGCUGUGGCUGAUAUUGGUGUUGCUUUGGGUUUGCCUGCUCAGGGCUCUUCUCCUGAUUCUGAUCACAUUUAUUCUGAGGUCUUGAGUGAAUUCACACAUGGCAAACAAGAAACAGUGAGCAAGACUGAGUUCAAAGAAGUUCUUUCAGACAUUCUAUUAGGCAUGGCUGCUGGUUUGAAGCGAGAUCCUGUUGUGAUCCUCCGGAUUGAUGGGGAAGAUCUCCUUGAAUUCAUCAAUGGCCCAAGUUUUGAAGCUGAGAUUGUGUCCAUAUUUUCACAGAUAGAGUCACCUGACAGAUCCCUCCGUGACCAUUUAAUCCAGGCUUUCGAAAAACUUAGUGUUGAUCAAGGAAUGCCUCCUUCUUCAGACCCUUGGGUUUUGGACAACAUUGUGGAACCAGCAUUGCAAGCCUGUGCUGGUCAUGACUGGCACAAACCUGCCUCUCAAGAAGCAUUCUUGGUGGAAUUUAAGAAAGUAGCAGAGCGUGUAGCUCAACAUCUCAAGGAGCAGCCUGUGAUUGUUGCCCAUAGUGAAAAUACCUUUGAUGGAAGUGGCAUUAAGAGAUUAUUAUCCAACAAAUUUGAGUUAGACAAGACCUUGAAUGCAGCUUUAGAAAAUGUGCCAAGAGAUCGUAAUGGAAAAAUGUCCAAGGAGUAUCUUCGUGUGGUGCUGGAUGUGGUGUACCCAUCAGCUGGUCUACCUCCAAUUGGUGCAGUUGACCAGAUGGACAAGGUUGUUGCUGAUGUCUUUCAGAUGAUUAAUGCGGAUGAUGGGAAGCUGGUUAAAGAAGAUGAGUUCAAGAAAUUAUUGACUGAAAUCCUGGGGAGUAUCAUGUUGCAAUUAGAGGGAAAUACGAUUUCAGUUUCUACAAAUUCAGUGGUGCACGAGCCCCUUGCCUCUUCUUCCUCACUUUUGCAGCCAUCUUCCCAGUAAUAUACAUUGCAGCGUUGUGUUCAAUAUAUCAAGGGUAACAGGAAAAAAAAAAAAAUAAUAAAUAACAAUAAAAUUUUGAUUAGUGUAAUGAUUACUAGCAUAAGUUAUGUAUUGUGCAGUUAAAGUGUGUGCGCUAAUGGUAUAUAUGCUUUAGACAUGCAAACAUAGAAGGCUGUGGAGCCAAGAAUUAUCAUGGUCAUCCACCCCUUCUUUCUUUGUGCUAAUCAGUUGAUCACAACCUUAUAAAAGAUAGAUGAUCUUAGAUGUUAUUUGAA